AUGGACAAAGGCAGCGUCGACAUGGUUGAGCAAGCCGACAAGCAGCAGCUCGGCUACCUCGCCGAUUCGGAAGACCAGAAGCUGAGCAAAUGGGACAGCCUUAAAAAGUACCCAUGGACCUUCUUCUGGUGUCUCUAUGCCGUCUGGUGUGUUCUCCUGGUCAGCUUCGAGAACCAGGCAGCUGGAGUCGUCAUCUCAAUCCCGCAAUUCCGCCAGGAUUUCGGCAGCUUGUACGAAGAUAGCUAUGUCCUCGAUAGCAAGUGGCAAUCGGCCUUCAGCGGCGGUCCCGUCGCUUCUGCCGUCGUGGGCGCCCUCUCCUCUGGUCAAAUUGCAGAUACCUUCGGUCGUAAAUGGACAAUCCUCGGCGCCCUGUUGAUCUCCGUGGCCGCCGUAGCCCUUGAGUUCGUAUCUACCACGAACGAGAUGUUCUUCGGUGGAAAGUUCCUCAACGGCUUCGCUCUCGGUGCUCUCGCCUCCAUCCCCGUCACCUACGUUGGCGAAAUCUCCCCUCUAGCGCUUCGCGGAACGCUCACUUGUCUAACCGCAUUGGCUUACUGUAUUGGCCCCUUCACCGUCGCCCUCAUUACAAACACCACAGGCACCUACACCACCCGCUGGGCCUAUCGCUCUGUUUUCGCCGCCCAAUGGGGCUUCGCAGCCAUCGCCCUCUCACUUGUCCUUUUCAUGCCCGAGUCCCCUUGGUGGCUCGUCUCCAGGGGCCGGGAGUCAGACGCCCUCUCCAGCCUUUCCCGCCUUGGGUACAACAACGGCGAACAAACCAAGAAACUUUCCGCUAUCAAGACAACACUCGAUCAGAUCCGCCGCGAAACUGAAGGCGUCACCUACGCCGAGUGCUUCCGCACCUCCAACCUCCGCCGCACAAUCAUCUCUAUCGCCCCACUCUCCAUCCAGGCCAUGUCCGGCAUCGUCUUCGCCGCCUCCUACAGCACUUACUACUUCCAGCUAGCAGGGUACACUGACGCCAUGAGCUUUCGUCUUCAAAUUGUACAGCAAGUCAUGUCGAUUGUCGGGAAUCUCAUGUCCUACCUCUUGAUCGACCGCCUCGGCCGCCGCAACCUCAUGCUUUACGGCCUUGGCAUCAUGACCUGCAUCCUCAUGAUUACGGGUGGACUUGGCGUCGUGGCAUCCGACGGAAGUAACCCUAACUCCGGCGGUGCUGUCAAGGGAACCGUCGCGCUGAUUCUCCUCUACUGCUGGUGGUAUAACUGCACCAUCGGGGCAGCGGGAUACACGCUGCUCGCAGAGGUCUCAACCUCUCGUCUCCGGAUUAAGACAAUAGCCAUUGGCCUUGCCUUGCAAAACGCCCUCUACACGAUGUGGUCCUUUGUUCUCCCGUACCUAUUUAACCCAGACAAGGCGGAUCUCGGCGCGAAAGUGACGUUUAUCUUUGGUGGGCUGUCGGUUAUCUCCCUUGUCUAUUUGUGGUUUUAUCAGCCGGAGACGGCGGGAAGGACCUAUGCGGAAUUGGACGAGAUGUUUGCGAAGAGGGUUCCGGCUUGGAAAUUCAAGACGUAUCACACGGAUUCUCAAGCUAUGGGCGAGGCGGCUAGGGAGGGACGUAAUGUGAAGCGGGGUGUUUAG